AUGCCACCCCUUCCAGGCUUCUCAGACAACCCUUUCCAGACCCGAUCGGACCUGAUCCGUGCCACGCUUGCUCUCCUCCGGCCGCUGAACCCCCACUUCUCUCCGUCCAAAGCCCGAAUCCGGGUCCCGGUCUCAACGGCUACGCACUUUGACGAGACAGCAGCCCAACUUGAAGGGUUUGCAAGACCAUUGUGGGCGGUCGGGGCUCUUCUUCUUGGAGCUGAAUCAACAUCGGAUUCAGAGUUGGCAACCUCGAUCAAUGAAGUGGUCCAGCCGUGGAUCGACGGCUUCGUUGCCGGGACCGAUCCAGAACAUCCAGAGUACUGGGGAAAGAUCAACGAUAUGGACCAACGAAUGGUUGAGGCCGAGAUUAUCUCAUUUGCCUUGCUCUCCGCCCCUGAGAAACUCUUCGCUCCACUAAGCGACCAAGCCAAACAGAAUGUCACGAACUGGCUUCGUACCCUCAAUGGGAUGGAGAUGCCCAAGAAUAACUGGCGCUGGUUCCGAGUCUUUGGUAACCUAGCGCUUAGCAAAGUCUGUGGUGUCCCAUUCGAGGAUGUUCGAGACGAGUUGAACUCGGACCUGAAGCUUUUGGAUACCUUCUAUCGCAUGGAUGGAUGGUCAGCCGAUGGACCUUGGCAGACUGCCGAACAGGCCCACGAUGAGUUUGAGCAGUCCGUAAAGACGGGGAGACGUGACGCCAUUGGAAUUGGGCGCCAAGCGGACUACUACUCUGGAAGCUUUGCCAUCCAGUUCAGCCAACUGCUUUAUUCACGUUUUGCUGCGGAUUUAGACCCUGAGCGAAGUGCGGUCUAUCGCCAGCGCGCUAGAGACUUUGGAGCUACUUUUUGGAGAUAUUUCGACACUGAUGGCAAGUUUGCCUGCGGUGGUUACUUCGCAGCCGUGGCUCUGGCCCAAGUAGGCGAGUUGCCAGCACCUCUGAACACACCCGGUGCCGUGAAAGGGUUCUUGAUGAGACAUCUGCGAUGGUGGGCCAAGAACUCUGACGACAUCUUCUACCCAGAUGGAACUCUGAAUAUUGGAUGGCUGUACCCGAACAUGUUCAUGUGUGAGGAUUACAACUCACCGCAGUCCCCCUACUGGUGCCUGAAGACUCUCGUAGCCGUUGGACUCAGCGAGAACGACUCAUUCUGGACUAAAGACGAGUCAUCCUACCCUGAAUCGGCGCUUUCGGACUCAGUGACUGUCGUUCGGGCUCCAGAACAGAUUCUCUGCAACCAUCCCAGCAGCAACCACCACUUCCUCCUCUCGCCGGGUCAGUUCGUCGCAUGGCCAAUGAAAGCAAACCAGGCAAAGUAUUGCAAAUUUGCUUACUCCUCGGCUUUCGCCUUCUCUGUGCCGACAGGGCCCCUCAUCCAACAAAUUGCGCCCGACAAUGCCCUGGCUCUCAGCAAGGAUGGGGGCGACACCUGGGCAGUCAAGUGGAAGUCCGAUGAAGUGAGAUUUUCAAGAGCUCAUCUCAAAAGUUCUUUAGGUUCAGAAAAGGUGCAAGUGGCGAGCGCUGUCUGGUAUCCCUGGGGCGAUCGUGCGGUCACCGUCGACACGACACUGAUUCCGCCGACGAACCGUUGGCCAGACUGGCAUGUGCGAAUCCACCGGAUCAAAGCGAGUGAGAGAUUGAAGACAUUGCAUACGGUCGAGGGCGGGUUCGCUAUUUUCAAUCGCAAAUCGGCCGACGGCAUGCCACUUCCUGUCACUGAUACCAUCUCAGAUGACGCUACACUGGGCGUAACUGAGGCAAUCAUUCAAAAGAAGGGUUCAGUGCUGAUACUAUCCUCCGCUGGUGCGAGUGGGGUGGUCACGAAAGGUCUCGUUGGCAGUGGAAGAACUUCAGACUGUUCCCCCCUCAAGCCAGAUUCCAACACAAACUUGGCGUCCCAGCGAACAAUGAUCCCAGUCACAUCCCACAGCGUUGUUGAAGGUAUCGAGGCUGGAUCUGAGUUCGUUCUGGUCGAGUCAAUAUUUGCAAUUUCUACAAAGGCGAAUGGCGGACGGAGCCUGACCGGCAAAGGACUGCAACAGCGUUGGAUAGAUGUACCUCUUGUCCGCGUUGGGAGUAAUCCUGUGUCCAAUGGAGAAGAGAUCAUCGCGGUUGAUGUGUGA